UGACAGCUGUCUUUUGGUGACGUUUAAAAGUCUAUAGACAAUAGUUUUGUUUAUAUCUUAACUAAAAAUAUUUUUGACGAGUAUUUCCUCAAUGGCUGAUGAAAGUAUUAACUCUAGCCCACGAAAAUUGAAUAACUCCAUACACAAAUCACGUUUACAUCGAAGACAUAAAAGGCUUAACGCAACAUUCACUACAACUUCGGGAACGCCAUGUACACAUGAAGUCGAGGAAGAAGAUUUAUCCUGCACACUUCUGGUAAUGUAUGACUCCGACGAGACUAUGGAGAAUUCUAUUAAAAAUAAAUGUCCGCGCGUAGAAAAGACAAUAUCAAAAGUUAAUACUAGUUACGAUCCAUUUGCUGAGCAUCGUCUUCUUGUCCUUGCCGAUAGGAGUAGAGCAAUGCCCAGCUCGCGCCUUUUUAAAGCUACGCAAGGUUUUGAGCCCUGUAAUAAUUUUUUAUUUGAAUCUCUCGAACAGCGAGAAGGCAAUAUUAGUGAAAAUAAUCGUAAUAAGACUGAUGGAUUUGAAAUCACAGAUUCUGAAUUGCUUCAAGUAUGCGAGGAAACAGAAAAGAAAACCAUUGAUUUGUCAAGUAUAAAAGAAGUUAAAGGGGACGUAAACAAAUCGCCUUCAACGCCUAAAAGAAAAACAAAGUCGAUAGUAGAUUUAAUACUUGAGGAUUUUUGUAGUUCUCCACAAUCUCCUGAACUCCAGCAGUCCUCCGAGGAGAGUAAUUUUAAUUUCCGCUUUGCUAACAAACCAUUGCGAACUUACAGCAGACGCAAACAUGAAAACGUAAUAGCACGUCAAAAUAUUGCAGAGCAAUAUAACAAGCCCACCAAUAGUGUUGCACAUUGUGUGCUUAAUGAUGAUUUGCUAAGCAAUGAUUCAUCUACUGAUCUCUCGGUGCAGGAGGAUCAGACUCAACUUAUACCCUUGAAAGAAGCAGUCGUCGUAUUGCAGCAUUCACAGAGUUUAUGCGAAAAUUUACAAAACCUGAGCGCUUAUUUUACUGAGUCGUCCGGGGAGAGAGAUAAAAAACAAGAUCCAAGUACGGAAUGUGUAGAACAUCAGUUAGCGGAAGACUACUUAGGUGUAAGGACAUUAGCAGAAAAAAGUAGCUCAGAAAUAUAUUUCACAGCGAACAAAGCAGAUAAUGAUUGUAUGCAAAUCGAAGAAGAACUGGUGCUACCAGAAACGGAGGAACAAUUUAAAAGUCGUUCGGACAUAUCAUACACAACGAACAGAGCAGAAGAUGAAUGUAUGCAGGUCGACGAAGAACUAGUGCUACCGGAAACGGAAGAACAAUCCAAGACCAAUUCCAAUGGACACAUUUCAAACGAAGAAGACUUUAAAGGCUUCAGCAGCGAGGAAGAGGACACAAAACAAAACUGUGAUACAUUAACACCUAACGACGAUACAAAUAAUGACGAGCUAAACGAUGAAUGGUAUGAUGAAUGUGAUAUAUUUGCGAAAUUCGAUAUGGGUAUUGCCUUGGAUGCGGCUUCAUCAUUCAAGUUGGACAAAAUUGAAACUUCUGAAGCAACUCAUACAAUGGAUACUAACGGAUGUAAUGUUGCGCAAAUAAACGCUGAGCCAAUAAUAGGCUUUCGAACAGCCUCAAAUAAAGAAGUUAAAAUAUCUGCGGAAGCUCAAGCACGCGUGGCAUCCAUUUUUCAAAAUCUACCGCCACUACCGCUAAAUAACAGCUGUGACGAAGAGUUACCUAUCGAAGACGAAACGGGAGAAGAAGAUUGUCAAAAUGUCAUGAACCGAACAAUAACCAUUUCAAAAACAAUUGAUGACUUAGUUGGAACCUCAGCAAAUCCGGACGAACUAAUCGGCAGUAAAGAAAUGGCGGAUGUUUGCGGGUUUACCACUAUUUCCCAUAAAACAAUUACAAAUUCAAAUGGAGCAAAGCAGCAAGCGGCACGCGCCCUGGAGAUGCUAACGCCACUCCCACAGGACGAAAUAUGUUUAAAGAAUGACGUUACUUUAAACAAUGCCUCGACUAGUAAAGAGUUAUUCAUUGGCUUUCGCACAGCUUCUAGUAAAUCAAUAAAUAUAUCGAAAGAAGCUCAGGAACGUGCGUUAAAAAUACUAGAGCAACUGCCAAAUGAUGGCAUGGAAGCGGAACUUGAUGCGAAUAAAUUGACUGGAUUUGCCACUGCGUCAAGAAAAACUAUACAAAUAAGUGAUGAUGCAAAAAAACGAGCUGCGCGCAUAUUAGAAGACGUGAUGGAAUUUCAAAAAGAAAGUGUUGAGGACGAUGUUAAGCGGUCUUUAGAAAAUUUACAAUUUAGUGAGUGGCCAGUGGAAGAGGAGGAGGAAAUAAAUGUUCAUGAAGAAGUGGCGAAUGAAAAAGUGGUAAAUGCAAAUACUGCAAAUGAAAACAAAAUUAACCUUCCUGGAUUUUCGACAGCACCUAAAAAAGCAAACCAAAGAGCUGUUGUCACUGAGAACUUGAAGACUGAAAAUAUCAAAAAGAGUUCAGAAACUAAGUCGUUAGAUAAUUUGCUGUUUCCUGAGCGGUCUUUAGUUACAGUUGUUGAAGACCGUGUGGCCGAUAAACCCGAGCGAACAUUGAAUGGUUUGAAUAAGAGAAAGCGUAGCGAUAGCGAAAGUGCACAAAAUCGGCGAAUAUCUACAUCUCCACCGCGAACACCAAAAUUAUUUUGCAAAUCGACUGGUGGUGAACGUAGUCCGCUAGCUCACAUACAAGCGACCGUCACUCAUUCCAGUUUGAGUGAAAUGGCAGUGAACACUCCGCCAGAUUAUCGCGCUAGACAUGGCAUAAUAGCGCGUAAGAAUCUGCUAUCUCUAAAUAUGAGCAACAAGUUGAAAGCGAAAUCUUCAAAACAUCAGGACAUGAAGCCAGAAAAUAGCGUGACUAAAACACCAACGAAACGAAGCGGCGCUACAACCGCUGCCUCAAUGGCUAACGAACCCAACUCACCACCUGCCACACCCAUACCAAAUUUGCAAGAAUUUUUCAACUCAGCCGUCAUGAGCACCAGUACACCACAGCCUUCAGUACGACAGCAAACGCGCAUGAGCACACGUGCCAGAAAGCGGGCGGAAUCGGUAGCAGCCGCAUUGAAUACACCAACUACAACAAAAGACAAAACAACAAUCACGACACCGGCCAAUGAUGGCUCAUUUCGGCAUAUUGAUUGGGAAAAUGACAGUGUGAAUAAAAGCGCCACUUCGCUCAAUACCAGCAGAUUGUCAAAUUCAUCGUGCAGCAACAUUAUGAAAAUGGAAUCGAAUCCGACGCCGAAACAGCGUAUUGAACGCCUGCGUAUGUAUGGCAAACCGCCAAGUGUCUCGCCGAUUUGUAUGUCUAGCACAAAUAAUUGUCGUGUAUCGGGAUUGCAAAGACGCACGCGCAGUGCCUCCAAGGGCGAGCGCAUUAACAGAGAGUAGUGCGCCCUGAGCAUAGCUUGCCGAGAUUGUUUAUCCUAUAAAGCAAAGCAUGCGUUUAGAUAUCAGUUUAUCUUAUCAAUAGUUGUCAGCAAUAUGUAAAUAUGUAUUUAUGUAAAUUUAUUUUAUUUUCAUUUUCUUUUUGUCGUUUUUGAAUAAGUUCAAAAUAUCGUUUAAUUUUUGAUAAUUUGAUUUGAAAAGUUUUGCAAAAGUCAGGUAUGCAAAAGUUUAAAAGAAAUCGAUUUUUGUUCAAUAAAUUUUGAUAAUCGCACAAACGAGUCGUAUGACUAACCGAA